AUGGCUGAGCCACCGCAGCCGGAUUCUUUCCCGGAAUCGUCCAGGGAACGUGACGCCGGCGCCUCCUUCGUCCUUGAAUCCAAGGGGCAGUGGUGGCACGCCGGCUACCACCUGACGACGGCGAUAGUUGGCCCCAUGAUCCUGACUCUGCCUUACGCAUUCAGGGGACUGGGAUGGGUUGCCGGGAUCUCCUGCCUCACCGUCAUGGGGAUCGUCUCCUUCUACUCCUACUAUCUCAUGGCGCUGGUGCUCGACUUCUGCGAGAAGGACGGCCGCCGCCACAUCCGCUUCCGGGAGCUCGCCGCCGACGUUCUGGGUUCAGGAUGGAUGUUUUACUUCGUUAUAUUGAUUCAAACAGCCAUCAACACUGGGAUUACCAUUGGCACGAUUUUGCUGGCAGGGCAAUGCCUUGAGAUAAUGUACGCAGCAGUAUCUCCACAAGGAUCAAUGGAACUCUGGGAGUUCAUAGCUAUAGUGACGGCAGUAAUGGUGGUUUUAGCUCAGAUGCCGUCCUUCCACUCCCUCAGGCACAUCAACUUGGUUUCUUUAAUACUAUGUUUUGGCUACACUUUCCUCGUCGUCGCUGCUUGUAUCUAUGCAGGCAUGUCCAAAAAUGCACCUGCAAGGGACUAUUCAUUAGAGUCUGCAACCUCUGACAGAGUAUAUAGUGCAUUCACUUCCAUUUCCAUUAUUGCUGCCAUUUUCGGGAUUGGCAUCUUGCCUGAGAUCCAAGCAACUCUACUUCCCCCAGCCAGCGGCAAGAUGCUGAAAGGACUUGUGAUGUGUUACAGUGUGAUCGUGGUCACAAACUACUCAGUUUCGGUCUCUGGCUAUUUCGUCUUCGGAAACAAAUCGAGUUCAAACAUCAUUCAAAACUUCAUGCCUGACAAUGGCCCUGAUUUGGCCCCAACAUGGAUUCUUGGUGGUGCAGCAGUCUGUGUGCUUUUCCAGCUUUUCGCCAUUGGUCUGGUGUAUUCUCAAGUGGCUUUCGAGGUGAUGGAGAAGAAAUCAGCCGAUGCUAGUGAAGGGAUGUUUGCGAUGAGGAACUUGAUACCUAGGAUCAUCCUUCGAUCUCUUUACAUGGGAUUCUGCGGCUUUGUGGCAGCCAUGCUUCCGUUUUUCGGAGACAUUAGUGGAGUAGUGGGAGCAAUCGGGUUCAUACCUCUCGACUUCAUCCUCCCAAUGCUUCUCUACAACUUGACUUACAGGCCUUCCAAAUCGUCUGUUACGUAUUGGAUCAACAUGGCAAUUAUGGUUGUUUUUACAGGAGUAGGUCUCUUGGGGGCUUUCUCUUGUGUGAGGCAGCUCGUUCUCGAUGUGGAGAUGGCCGGUACCACUGAUGAGCAGUUCACGGAUAUUGCAGCAGUUGUUACUUCAGCCGCUUUCCCAGGUGAUAUGUAA